UAUUUCCUCUUUGUUCUAUACUUUUUUUGUCCAUUUAAUUUCCUGUCCUUUUUAUUGUAAAAAAAAGAAAAAUAGUUUGUUUCCUUGGCGAUUGCCAUAACUAGGGUCCCCGUCCCUUCCAUAUAUUAUGUGCGGCUCACCUCCAUCGAUCCCUUCCUAGUUUCAUCCACUAUAAACUGCUUCCCAACUGUCGCCCUCUGUUUUUUUUCCUUCUUCGCUCACCGCCGUCAUCCUUCGCAUCUCUCUUUUCUCCCCUUCUUCUUCCCGUCACUUGGCUCAGUUGACCCAAAUGAAGCGAUCUGGAUAUGGUUAAUUGUUUCGCCGGCGGGUAAUCGAUGAAAGGUUCUUACUUCCCCUAUUUCUCGUCUUCUCGGAUCGUUCCGCCGGAAGACACGCUUACUUUUCUUUCUAUUCCUUCUCAGCUGAGAUUAGAUUUAGAUAAAUCGUCCCCCUUUUUUCUUUUCUUUUCUUUUUCUUUGGGGUUGUUUCGUUUCUCUUUCUUCUCUAAAUUUUCUUUCGAUUGCAUGAUGUAGAGUGGACAGCUGUGGUUGUUCAGCAAUGGAAAUUUGUGGGUUUUGGGAGAUACGGAUUGGGUUCUUUCUCAAUUUGCCCAAUUCGAUUGGGAUUCGAUGGAGCAGCUCAUAACCACUUUUAUAGAAAGUUCGAAUUUUCUUCGGAUUUCCAUCUCUGUCUGUAAUUCGAAAAUUUACCUUUUCUUACUCACGGAGAUUGAAGAAAUAGAAAUCCCCAUUCACUUCUCGUCCAGAGACAGAGUAUCGGCUUUCAUCUUACUGACAAACUAAAGAAACGCCGAAUUUGUUCUUCCCCUGUUCUUCCCCUGGAGAUGGAGAAUAACGGGAAAGUCAACCGAGCGAGCUGCUGCAGCGAGAGCGGCGGCGGUGGCGGCGCGUACAUGGCCGACGUUGUUCUGGGCUGCGUGAUGCCGUACAUCCACGACGCGCGUGAUAGGGACGCGGUGUCACUGGUCUGCCGGAGGUGGUAUGAGCUAGACGCUCUGACCCGUAAACACAUCACGAUUGCGCUCUGCUACACGACGAGCCCAGAUCGGCUCCGCCGGCGGUUCAAGCACCUCGAGUCGCUGAAGCUGAAGGGGAAGCCCCGGGCGGCCAUGUUCAAUCUGAUACCGGAGAAUUGGGGCGGGUACGUUACCCCGUGGGUGAAGGAAAUCGCCGGGUCGUUUACCUGCUUGAAAUCGGUUCACUUCAGGAGGAUGAUUGUGACGGAUUCGGAUCUGGAGCUUCUCGCCAGGUCUCGUGGGAAGGCCUUGCAGCACUUGAAGCUCGACAAGUGCUCUGAUUUCUCCACCGAUGGGCUUCUUCAGGUGGCUCGAUUGUGCAGGCAACUGAAGACUUUGUUUUUGGAAGAGAGCAUUAUCUUGGAGAAAGAUGGUGACUGGCUACAUGAGCUUGCUACACAUAAUACCGUACUUGAGAGCCUAAACUUCUACAUGAUAGACCUCACCAAGCUAAGGGUUGAAGACCUUGAGCUCCUAGCCAAAAACUGCCGGUCCUUGAUCUCUGUAAAGAUAAAUGAUUGUGAAAUCCUAGAUCUCAUUGGCUUCUUUCGAGCUGCUACUUCUUUGGAAGAAUUCUGUGGUGGUUCUUUUUCUGAUUUACCUGAAGAUGAUGUGCCAGACAGGUACUCUGCUGUAACUUUCCCCCCUAAACUAUGCCGGUUGGGUCUAACCUACAUGGGAAAGAAAGAAAUGGCCAUAGUAUUUCCAUUUGCUCCUAUUCUCAAAAGGUUGGACCUCCUUUAUGCAUUGCUCGACACAGAGGAUCACUGUCUUUUGAUUCAGAAGUGCGCCAAUCUGGAAAUCCUUGAGACAAGAAAUGUGAUUGGAGAUAGAGGGUUGGAAGUUCUUGCAAGGAGUUGUAAGAAAUUAAAGAGGCUUAGAAUCGAGCGUGGUGCAGAUGACCAAGGACCAGAGGAUGAAGAAGGUGUGGUUUCACAAAGAGGACUAAUCGCUCUCUCCCAGGGCUGCCUAGAACUCGAGUACUUGGCUGUCUAUGUCUCUGACAUCUCAAAUGAAGCUCUCGAGUCACUUGGCACCUACUCAAAGAACCUCAAUGACUUCCGCCUGGUCCUUCUAGAUAGAGAGGAGAGAAUAGCUGAUCUGCCACUCGACAAUGGAGUUCGGGCAUUAUUGAGGGGCUGUGACAAGCUCAGGAGAUUCGGUCUGUAUCUCAGACAGGGUGGGUUAACCGAUUUGGGAAUGAGCUAUGUGGGGCAGUAUAGCACAAACGUGACAUGGAUGCUACUGGGUUAUGUUGGCAAUAGUGAUGAGGGUCUUCUGGCUUUCGCCCGUGGAUGCCCUAGCCUCCAGAAGCUCGAGAUGAGAGGAUGCUGCUUCAGUGAGGGUGCACUGGCUAGAGCUGUACUCCAACUGGGUUCCCUUAGGUACCUGUGGGUGCAGGGUUACCGAGCAUCACAGCACGGAAGGGAUCUUCUAGCAAUGACUCGCCCGUUCUGGAACAUCGAGCUGAUUCCUCCGAGGAAAAUAGUCAUCCCGAGUCAGGAUGGAGAGACUGUGAUCGAGCAUCCUGCACAAAUACUUGCUUACUACUCUCUUGCUGGGCCGAGAUCGGAUUUUCCUGAUACCGUUAUCCCCUUGGACCCAGUAACCUAGUUUUGGUCUUCAAGUUGUUGUAUAUUAGAGAUUUGAGUCAGCAACCAGUGUCUAUAGUUUCAUCCAACUUCCGUGUUUCUGUAUUGAUCUGUUGUUUAACUGUCCUUUUUCUUCUUCUUGGUGUCUGGUUUUAGAACUUUAGCUGUUCUGGUUAGAGACACACCCUUCUGUCUGUACUAAUAAGGCCCUGCUCUUCUUAUGUGUUUAUGCAACAUGUGUAAUUGGGUGUAAAAGAGCACUUGAAAUUGUAUUUGAGAGUUGUUACCGAGACAAAAGACCAGAACAUGGAGUUUGAUGAAAUUAUAUAAGACAUGGUGGCAUUGCAUGCUUCUGAAUUUUAUGAAAUUAUAUGA